AAGAUUAUAGAUAGGAGAUAAAUAACAAUGAGUUAUGAUUAAUUUAGAAACCAUUCAGACUGUUACAAAUUAUUUGUAACAGUCAAUCAAGUUAGUGAAAGGAAAAAUAAUUGAACUUGUGUGUAUUAUUAGCACAGAAUAGAAACGAAUUUUCUAUUCUGUUAUUAGUAAAGUUUGGUAUGAAAAAUUAAAUUUCUAGUUUCAGCAUACGUGUACUAGAAUGAGGUUAUGAUGGGUUUUUAUUUAAUUGUGAAUUGUGAACUCUGUAAAUGUCAAUAGAUAUGAAUGAAUGAAUCUAGUUGAAGAACUACAUUUUUUAAGUCAGGAGAAUGUCGAGAACGUCAGACCAUUUCAACGUUUUUGAAGAUAGUGAUACUUGUUUAACGAAUAAAAGAGCAAAUAAGACUGUAAUCAGCAAUGUGUAUGAAGGCAUACCUGAAACAAUAGUUCUCAAUGUUGUAUCAUGGAUUCUACUGAUACUCUUGUUUGCCAUUCUACGAAACAGGGCAUGGGAUUAUGGCAGGUUAGCCCUAGUUCACACAGAGAAAUGGACACAACUUUUCUAUAAGAAUACUGAUGAUGCUGUGGCCGUUGAAGAAUCCAGUCACGAAAUUUCUUUGAUACCUGAUACUGGUUGUUUAUGGUUUCCAUCAAUUUUCAAAAUUACCCGAGACAGGAUUUACGCCAGAUGUGGUCCAGAUGCCUCUCAUUAUCUAUCAUUUCAGGAACAACUUUUAUUUUUGAUGACAGUUAUAACACUUUUCUCAAUAUGUGUAAUUUUACCCAUUAAUUUCCAAGGUACUUUAUUAGGUGACAAAACCACAUUUGGGCACACAACUAUAGGCAAUCUUUCAUCAGACUCCAAGUUGUUAUGGGUGCACAUUGCAGGUUCUGUAGCUGUUGUGCCAGCGAUGAUUUUUAUUAUGCGAAGAAGUUCGGGGAGAAAACCAAGCGCAACAGCCUUGUCAUCAAGAACUGUGAUGGUUACAAAUAUUUCGAAAAACCACAGAAAUCCUGAAGAUAUCAAGAAUUACUUUACGGUGCGCUAUCCUGGAAUUGAUGUCAGAGAUGUCAAAAUUGCUCAUAAAGUUAAAACUUUAUCUUUAUUAGAAAAAGAACGAGAGAAAGUACAUGAAGCAAGAAUGUAUUGUUUAAGUAAUGUGCAAAGAACUGACAUCAAAAUGCAACCUUACGGUUGUAUAGCUUGCUGUAGAUGUAAUACUGCUAAUGCCCUUGAAUAUUACACUAAAGAAGAGGAAAAUUUAAAUAGACUCGUUACUUUGGAGAGAGAAAAGGCAUUACAAAGUCCUCUUGGUAUAGCAUUUGUCACAUUCAAUUCUGAGGAGAUGGUACAACAUGUUUUACGUUCCUUUCAAGGUGGUUCACAUAGAAAUUGGGUAUUAUUCAAAGCUCCUUCACCAUCUGAUAUAAAUUGGGAGAAUUUGGAAAUUUCCUAUAGAAAUUGGUAUUCUAAAGCCAUCGUUAUCAAUGCUUUGUUAUUUAUCAUCCUUUUUUUUCUAACUACUCCGGUGAUUGUAGUCAAUAUAUUCAAUAAUUUGACUGAGAAUAUAACUUCCCAAGCAGAUAGUAUUGAAAAAGCAAACCCCGUACUUUCAGAGUUUUUACCAACUCUCCUCCUUCUGUCAAUGUCUGCCCUCAUGCCUGUAAUUGUUGCUUAUUCAGAUGAGUGGAUGUCACACUGGACAAAGUCCAAGCAGAAUCAUGCAACAAUGUUCAAAACAUUCUUUUUCUUGCUCUUCAUGGUACUAAUUUUGCCAUCUCUCGGCCUGACUAGUGCACAAGCUUUUGUAGAGUGGUCCCUUCAAACAAAAAAUUCGACUCGAUGGGAUUGCAUUUUUCUUGCCGACAAAGGUGCCUUUUUUGUGAAUUAUGUCAUCACCUCGGCCCUCAUUGGAACCGCACUGGAAUUGUUGCGUUUUCCUGAGUUAGCUAUGUAUGCCUGGAGAUUGCUGCGUAUCAAGUCGGAAGCAGAAAAGACAACUAUUCGUAAGGAAAUUCUGUCUGUUUUUCCCUUUGGUAUUCACUAUGCUUGGACAUUGUUAAUUUUCACAGUGAGCACUGUCUACAGCUUGACAUGCCCGUUGAUCACUCCAUUUGGCCUUCUUUAUCUCUGUUUGAAAUAUCUAGUUGACAAAUAUAACAUUUACUAUGUUUACCGCCCAAUAACUAUGUCCGGGGAAGGCCAACAAAUACAUGCAGAUGCAGUCAAAAUGGUGUUCAUUGCCAUUCUCCUUUUGCAGCUCAUCACAGCAUUGUUUUUCUUUUUGAGGGCUACCUUGAUCCUUACAAUUUACAUCGCCUUUUUAGUAUUUGUACUGACAGCUAUGUUAUUUUUCUUCGUAGGGCCAUUUCCUUCUUGCAAACCCUCACAUCUGAACUCGUCCGAACUGUCUGUUGCCAACGAAGAGUAUGUGGCACCGGUAUUGAUCAGUUCGAGUUCUAUUGACACUGUCGAGUUUGACAGGUCGUCGCCUAGUUUUUAUGGCUCAUCAAAUGAUAAUGGCGUAAGGAUAUUGCCGGAAAUUGGUUCUAGUGAAGCUUGAGUCCGUUUCACUUUUCUUUCUGGGGCUGUGACUAAUUCUAUUCUAGUGUGUGAAAGUAAGAGAAAUCAUAUGCUGUCUUUUCCACAAAUUAUCUAUGGGUAAAAAGAAGAGCGAGUUUGUAAAACAGAUGACAUCAGAUAAAUUCACGCCACAUAAUUUCACCCCAUUUAGUUCCUUCUUUUAUGCUGGUGUUUACAGACUGAAGAAAUAUUUUCUGCAGCACACAAAACUAAGAGUGUAAUGUCAUUUAGAACUUUGUUUUCAACAGAAUGCUUUCAAUUUUAGGCAGUUUCUAUGUCUUAUCAGUAUUAAUCUUGGCUGGUGAAAAUAAUGUGUUAUAUGUAUAUAUGGCUUAAUGUUUCAUGCAAAAUAUUUCAUACAUUACUGCUUGAUGGUCAUAUGCUAGAACAAUAACAAUGAAAACAUUUCCAUAUGAAUUGACAUAUCGACAGCGAAUUUUUUGAAUGCAAAUCCUAUGCACAACAUUCAUUCACUAAUAAUUGGAUAUUAGCAGAACACAAAUCAAUUUUAAAUUUAUAAUUUU